CAAUCACCACAGAAUAACUUGCUAUCGUUAUAUUUAUCCUAUACAGACGAGAUAAUGGGCUAUACUGUGCCUUUAAUAAUCAAUGGACGUGAGGUCCGAACAACAACUACUUUCGACGUGCAGGACCCGUCCACAGGAAACAUUCUCUGGCAAAGCUCUACGGCAACAGUCAAGGAAGCCAAUGAGGCCUGCGACGCUGCACAGGCAGCUUUUCCCGCCUGGUCCAGCCUAAAGGCCGCUCAGAGACGAGAUAUACUCCUUAAAGCAGCCGAAAUAUUCGAGAAGAGAACGGACGAAUUCUCGACUUAUAUGAGGAGUGAGACUGGUUCUCUUGAGGAUUGGGCUGAUAAUGGCACUGUACCAUCAGCCUGGGAGAUGAUUCGAGAUGUUGCCGGACGAAUUAUUACUGUCACUUCAGUUGUACCGGCUCUUAGGGACGAAAACGCGCAUGCCAUCAUUUACAAAGAGCCGUACGGUGUUGUGGUUGGAUUUGCUCCAUGGAAUGCCCCUUACCAUCUUGGUGUACGAGCGAUCAUCUAUGCCCUUGCCACUGGCAACACUGUCGUUCUGAAAGGAUCCGAGCUGUCCCCUCGCUGUAUGUGGUCUAUUGUCUCGGUCUUUCAAGAAGCUGGUCUCCCUGCAGGCGCUCUCAAUUUCUUGACUUCUGCCCGUCCAGACGCUGCUUCUACCACGAAAGCGUUGAUUGAGCAUCCUGCCGUGAAAAAGGUCAACUUUACAGGAAGCACAAGCGUAGGGAAAAUCAUUGCCACGUUGUGCGGGCAAAACAUCAAGCCAUGUGUUCUUGAGCUCGGGGGAAAGGCGGGCGCCAUUGUUCUCGAGGACGCUGACAUAGAAAAUGCUGCAUUGCAGUGCGCAAUUGGGGCUUUUCUCCACAGCGGCCAGAUUUGCAUGACCACAGAAAGGAUCAUUAUCCACGAGUCCAUCGCCGCGGCUUUUUCAGAGGCGUUUGCCGCAACCGUUAAUCAAGUCUUUCCUCCUAGCAAGCCAGCUCCGGUGCUGGUAGCCUCGGCAGCUAUCGCAAAGAACCAUAGACUCAUUUCUGAUGCCGUGAAGCAAGGAGCAAAGAUUCUCUUAGGUGAUGUCAAUGCUAAGGAGGAGUCGGCAACUCGCAUGCGCCCAAUUGUCGUUACAGGAGUAAAUAAUGACAUGGACUUGUUCCAUGAAGAGUCAUUUGGCCCUUCGGUUUCUUUGAUUACGGUUGGAAGUGAAGAAGAGGCCAUUAAGGUUGCAAAUGACACGAAGUACGGUCUCUCAGCAGCAGUAUUUACUCGAUCCCUGGAGAGAGGCCUGCGCGUUGCAAAGAGCAUUCAAUCUGGGGCUGUGCACAUCAACAAGAUGACUGUCCAUGAUGAUCCCAGUUUGCCGCAUGGUGGAGUUAUGGAAAGUGGCUACGGUAGAUUCAAUGGCAAUAUUGGAUUGGAGGAGUGGGUGCAGACGAAAUCGGUGACCUGGACAAGUAGCCCAUAA